AACUUAACAUCCUGAUAACGUUUGAAUAUAAACGGUGCAACAACGCAGUUAAAAAUUCAGUAACAAACAGAUAGGUGCGCUGUAAAGAUAUAGAGAAAGGAAACAUCAUGAGUGACGGAGCCAAAAGAAAUGUUUCUGCUUCAGACGUUCAACUGGAUCGCAGCACCAUCAUCGGUAGAGGAAGAAGCGCAAUCAUCUUUGCCGGAACUUUUGGCAACAUUCAAGUCGCCAUUAAACGAGUCAUGUCUACGGACUUGCAUCCACAGUGGGAAAAUCAGCCUGUUGACGCUUGUUUCAAUAAGAUAACGGCCCUGCAACACCCCAACGUUUUGAAGAUUACUGGUAUCUAUGACGACGAACACUUUCGGUAUCACAUCAUGGAGCGCUGCGCCGCCAGCCUUUUCGAUUACUGUUGCAACACGUACAAAGGAGAAGUUCCCAGUCAGGCGGACGGACUUUACCAGAUGGUCAGCGGAUUGCAUUACAUCCAUUCGCAGGGAUUCAUUCACCGGAACAUCAAACCGGAGAACGUUCUCAUCUCACAGUCGAUCCAGUUGAAAAUAUGCGAUUUCGGACUGACUGCUCCGAUUUCCGCCCGGGCUAGUUUUUCAAUGAGCAGCAGCACCAGGACAUCUCCCAACAUGCAGGCGCCUGAAAUCAUUCAAAGUGACGAAGAUUAUUCCAGUGUGGAAGAGAGCGAAGCCAAACAUAACGUGGCCAGCGAUACCUUUUCACUGGGAUGCGUUUUGUUCACUUUCCUGACUAAAGGAGGUCACCCGUUUCUCAGCGGAGGAUCUCGCCAUUUUAUCGCCAUCAACAUCAUCGAAGGGAAAUAUGGUUUCUCUGGUUUAGAUGAACAGCAUUUUGCUAUACCCAUCAUCGAGAAAAUGAUCAACAAAAUCCCGGAAGAACGAAUUCAACUAGAUCAAGUUUUAAAGACGUUAAAACCACACAUUAGUAGUGACUAACAACUAAGGUUGUCAACGGAGCAAUCUUCUCCUCUCUCCCACAUGGAUGAAAGAUUUGUUCGGAAGAAUCCGAAAUUUCUAGUAAACCAGAAAGUUCAGUCCCCUUGGAAAAUGGAGAAUGAAGGGCAAGUAUCAUCGCCUUCCUUUCCUGGAAUUUUAUUUGCGUUGAUUCACGAAUUCAUCGUGCACCGAAUAUAUAUUUAGAUUUCCCUAGCGGAAUGGAGUUGGUUGAUACGUUGGCAAUCUUAUUACGAAUAUAAAUUAAAGAAGUAAACCUAGUUCAGUUAUCAGUUCGGUAAUACACUUUUUCUUCUCAAAAUUGUCAACUAUUAUUCAUUUUUUACUUCACCAGCUGUCAAAUAUUCGAAAUUGGCGCUCAAUUCUAAUUUCUUAUUUGGGGUAUAUUGGUGACGUUAUGAUUUGCUGUCAUGUGGACGUGGCUCAGCUGGAUAGCUUCAGCUUAUAACGUAUAGGGCAGAGCGUUCAAGGCCUAUGAUGACCAAAAUAUGUAUUCCGUCUGAUAUCAACUGAUUACAAAAUGGAUCCAAUUCCUGAGGCAAAAUGUCAAUUUUUUUUUUCAAAUUUCUUAUUUUAUUGUUGUCUAAUAACUAAUAAGGGGUUUAAGUUCAUCAGACUCUGCCAUAUUUUAGUAGAUCCAAAAAUUGAAUAAAUAUGAAAGUACAUCAAAGCUUCAACAAAAUCAAAUUAAAAAGCUGGAGGAAUGGAGGAUCGAACUCCAGGCUUUUCGCAUGCAAAGCGAACACUCUACCACUGAGUUACACCCCCGACAUUUUCAAUAACUGCAAACUAAGGAAAAUUCGGAUACACUUUGUGUUGGUAAUUUCAUCAUGUCACUAUAGUCGUGUAAGUGGAUUCAUUUCCGUUAUUUAGAAAUGUGACAAGAAAAAUGGAUUUCCCAUUUUCAAGCCAUGUUCAGUUUUAUCUCAUUGAUUUCCGCUCUACUUCUACAACCGCGGAUUUUCCUCAUUAUAACGCUCCGAUUAACUGCCGAAUUUUUCGUGGUAUUCAACUAAACUCGCAUCAUAUUUUUACUAAAAUAUUCCAUAUCAAACAUUUCAUGGUUUCCUGGGUCGACCGCUUUUGUAUCAACGCUGAGGUUAAAUUAUCGUCCGAGUUCUGUUCGUUCUGCUGUUCUGUUCGUGUUCUGUGUGUUACUACAAGAUCAGCGCAAAGGCUAGCAAUAAAAUGACAUCCAUUUUGAACCCGAUCAUUCCGUUUUGUGUUAGUUUGCCUGGAAAUAAACUUAAUACCGGCCAUGACGUAGUUGUUGGGGGCGAAGCAUUUUAUGGGGCCCAAAGGUUCUCCAUCAACUUUAUCCAGUCCAGCUCACAAACUCGUUUGUUUCAUUUGGAUUUCCGCUUCGAUCAGAAUGAGACUGUCCUCAACUCAAACUAUCCGGAUGGAUGUUGGGCUCAAGAAGAGCGCACGCCUUUACCCCUCAUCUUGGGAAAGAAAUUCAACAUCGAAAUCAAGUUUUCGGUUGAUCGUUUUGUGAUAAUAGUUGAUUUCCAGUACCACUGUGAUUUCGUUUAUCGUUUCGACAUGUCUGAGGCCGAUGCGUUACUGAUUGAAGGCGACGUCAAUAUUAACUCGAUUCAGUUUAACUAACGCCGUUUUUUAUCGACACCUGUCAAAUAAACGAUCUGUGAAAAACACUA